CGCUCUGCAAGCCCUGAGCUAUCUCUCCUUCUCGUGCUCCCUCCCUCCCUCUCUUUAUCUAACCCUCUUACCCACUUACUCAAAAUCAUGGCCGACAGAAACAGCCGGGUCACUGUUAAGAGGAAAGAGAAGAAGUUAGAAAACAAAACAAAUGAUGAGAAGGACAAAGGAAAGGAUAAGGGGAAGGAACAAGCUGUGAAGAAGUCUGACAAACCUUUGAAAAAGCCAGUGGGGACCCCAGAGCGGCCCAAGACGGAUAAAGAGAAAGGGAACGGGGAAAGUGCAGGCGCAACGGGAGCAGAGGCAACAAACAGUGAAGAAAAUGGAGAGUUUCAGCCCAUUGAACUGCCACCGUUUGAGAUUGUAACUGGGGAACAGAUGAGCCCAUUCUACUUCAAGUUUCAGUUCAGGAAUGUGGAGUACUCCUCGGGAAGGAACAAGACCCUGCUGUGUUUCAGGGUGGAUACACCAGGAGGCAGCACAGAGCCUCUGAAUGGUUACAUGGAGGAUGAACAUGCCACAGCUCAUGCCGAAGAGGCCUUCUUUCAACAUGUGCUCCCUAAUUCUUCCCAAGAAUAUGACGUCACAUGGUAUGUUUCAUCCAGCCCCUGUGUGGCUUGUACAGCCAAGUUGGCCACCAUCCUUCAAGAGCGCAAAAAGGUUCGUCUCUGCAUGUUGUGCUCCCGUCUCUUUGAGUGGGAGGAGCCGGAGAUAGUCGAAGGCCUCCGGGCUUUGGCGAGCGCUGGUUGCAAGCUGCGGAUGAUGAAGCCGUCUGACUUCGUACAUGUUUGGGAAACGUAUGUAGAGAAGGAGGGGGAACAGAGCUUUGCACCAUGGGAGGAUUGUCAGGAGAACUACAACUACUAUAAUGAGAAACUGGCUGACAUCCUCAAGUAGAUUCGGUGUACAUGAUGGACAAGAUCGAUCCGAUUGACUGAACCACAAAUCGGCCAAUUUGUUAAAUCACAGUAUUAGUUAGAAGGAACACUGCAUCAUUUUGUAUUUUUUAUUCAGAAAACUUUAUAGGGAGACACAUAAUGCUUGAAUGGAAAAUCUAUAUCACCUACUGUAGAUAUAAUUUAGAAGUAUAAAAAAGUAACAUUAAUUGCUGAAAUAUUUAAUAUAAGCUAAACUUACAUGUACAUCUGGGGCCUUAUGCAUAAAACACAUGACUAAUAGUACACACAAAGACAGACAUGUGUGGAUGCAUUCUUUUUGUUGUUGCCAGAUUCAAGAAUCUGCAUGAAUGGUUAACUCUGUUUUAUAAAUCCCAAUCAUAAAGGACCUAUAGGUGCAAAAGCAUGAGCCUCAUAUCCACUCCCAGUUACCCUUAAAUGGAUGUAGAAACACCCUUAAACAAACGUUGGCAUGACGAUACUUGUGCCUGCUCCACCACUUGUUAGGAAGUACAACAGCUUUUAUUACUUGGGAGGCUUACACGCAGCUGUGGCUAUUUACAUGUAAAGCAUCCAUACCAUUAAUUCACCACAUGUACCUGUAAAUCAUCAUCACAGUAAUAUCUCAAUCAUUAUUAUUACCGUUAAAGAUUUUUAUUGAUCAUUUUAUAGUUCUAAUUGUGACACAGACAAAGUGCUUAAUUAUAGCAAAUAGCAAUAACAACUCAUUAAUAGUUUAAAAUUAGGUUUAUAAAUGCACAUUUGAUUAAAAAUGUUACAGAAAGCUGUGUAGACCUCAAAAUGAUAACACUAUCAUGGAAAUAUCUAUCUAUCUGGCCCCAGGUGCUUGCUGAAGAAUUGAAACACUAAAUAAAGGAGUAUUGAUACAUUAUCUUGCAGAUCAACACAUAUAUGUACAGUGCUUAUAACAAUUGAGAAACUAAAGAAGCUAACAAUGUAUAUGAUUGAUUCUUAUCACAUAAAUAAUGUUUCAUAUUGUAAUUGUGCCUUUAACAUUUAAAUCAUGUGAUUUAAAAAUAUGUACAAUGCUAACAGUAUUAUGCUAUGUUCAGUGCAGAACAAAUCUGUACACAUUUAUAUGACAUGUUUGUUCAUCCAGGGCAAUUUCUCAUCAAUUGUUUUACUUCCCAUUAAAUUUGGUACAAACAUUUAC